AUGGCUGACGGAAUCGAAAAUGCCGCGGCUAUUUGCUGUUUUAUAACAUCGAAAUAUCAAAGUUCACCGUAUUGUAAAAAGGAGCUACUCUAUGCUGAAAAUCGUGGAAUUCCAGUGAUACCAUGUUUGAUGGAUGCCGAUCACGACUGGAUGCCCACGAAUUGGCUCGGCUACACAAUUAUCGAUAUUUUAUAUCUCGAUUUUCGAGACUUAAUUUCGGACAAUAGUCCGGAAAAUCUGGAAACGAAAUGCAAUCAAUUGAUAGAACGAAUACGAUCGGUUGUUGGAACAAAUUUUCCAAGUGAAAUGCAUCAGCAACAACAACAACAACAACAACAACAACACCGAAAACAACCUUUGGAUUUCGACAAUCAGAGUGAAGAUUGGUACCCGGUCUAG